AUGGAACACGAGGAGAAACAAAAAAGUGUGCCGAGAGGUGACAAAAGAAGACGAGACCCGGGAAGUGAACAUCUUGGAAGAAAAGGAUACUGUCGGAUUGAGACGCAGAGGCGGGAAGAAUUGAUCGAUUCAGAAGAGGAGAAGGGAGAAGACGAAGAACACGUCAUCACACCAUUAGGAGGAAAAAAGAAGGAAAAAAAGAGGGGAGAGGAGAAUCUGGUUUCGCGCGUUCUUCUUCUUCUUCAUCUUUUUCACAUUAUAAUGCAGUGA